GUCAUCAGUUGAAAUUCCAAUUCCUAAUAAUGCUUUUGAGACAUUAUUUAAAAAAGUUAAUGAUCUUGAUUUAGCUUUAUUAAAAGAAAAAAGUCAAAAGAUUAAAUUAGAAAAAAAAAUAACAAAACUCAAGAAAAAAACAAAUCCUGACAAACAGAAACAAAAAAAAUAUGAUUCUCAAAUAAAUGAACUUGAUAAUAAACAUAAAACUGCUCUUGAAGCUGUUGAAUUUUACAAAGAAACUUCUUUAGAUGCUGUACAAAAGGCAGUAAAUGCAGGAAAUAGUGUCUUUCCAGUUAUAGGUGGUGCAGUUGGUGGUUUGAUAGGAGCAUUUGUUUUAUGGAGUAAUAUUGGUACUGCAAAGGAUAUGUAUCAGAAUGAAAAAACUGAAAAAUUAUUGCAAAAAGCUUAUGAAAAUAAAUAA